CUCUGUCCACCAUUUUUUUCCCCUUCCAACACCCAAAAAGCUCCAAUUUUGAUUCCUGGGACUCCUCGAACUCUAAUGUGUGAGGCCUCUCGUAAGUGAUCACUCGAUUCGAUCUUCCGAAAUGGAGAGCACCGACUCGUCAGCUGGCACGUCGCAGCAGCCCCAGCUCCCGCCUGGGUUCCGGUUCCAUCCAACCGAUGAGGAGCUCGUGGUUCACUACCUAAAGAAGAAGGCCGCCUCGUCCCCUCUGCCUGUCUUGAUCAUCGCAGAAGUCGAUAUCUACAAGUUUGAUCCUUGGGAGCUUCCGGCUAAGGCUACUUACGGGGAGCAAGAGUGGUACUUCUUCAGUCCGAGGGACCGUAAGUACCCGAAUGGAGCGAGGCCAAACCGAGCAGCUACCUCGGGGUACUGGAAGGCCACGGGGACCGAUAAACCGGUCUUGUCCUCCAAUGGGAAUCAGAAGGUCGGAGUCAAGAAAGCUCUCGUGUUCUACGGUGGGAAACCACCAAAGGGGAUGAAGACUAAUUGGAUCAUGCAUGAGUACCGGCUCGCCGAGAACAAGGCCAUCAAUAAACCUCCGGGCUGUGACUUGGGCAACAAGAAAAACUCCCUUAGGCUUGAUGAUUGGGUGCUUUGCCGAAUCUACAAGAAGAACAACUCGCACCGUCCAAUCGAUCACGAUAAGGAUGAUUCCUCCAUGGAUGACAUCCUCGAGUCAAUACCGCAUCCUUCUCUCACAGUUGGCGGCUCCCAGGGUCUGAGGUUUCACAGCCUUCCGAGGUCUGUUACAGCCCCGUUUGGUGCCGUGUUCGAGAACCACCAAAGCACUUUCGACAGCAUGAUGGCCAAUAAUGGCAGUGGCAAUGGCUGUAUUGGCACAAUGCAGAACCUGCCCCUCAAGCGGACGCUCCCGUCGCUCUACUGGGAUGAGAAGGAUAUCGUCGCCGAACCAUCCCUGGGGAAGCGAUCGUUUGGUGUGGAUAUCGGGAGUGACAGCACUGUGGAGAGAACGACAGAAGGGAAUAACAGUGGCUCCAUCUCCUCGCUACUCGGUCAGAUUCCCGGUGGGGCAGCUAGUCCCUCAUUGCAGCCCCAGUCUGGUCUGGGGUCAAUCGGAGAGAACGUCUUCCGGCCACCUUAUCAGCUCCCAGGGCUCAACUGGUACACAUAGAAUCACAUAUUGCGUGUCAGACAGUGAUUGGCUAGUAUAAAGAGGAUUUCCCGUUAAGAAGGUAUAGAGAGGGCAGAGUGGAGUUGAGAAGUUGUGAAUUAUCGAUUAAUUCCAAUUUAUACCAAGGCCAGGUUACAGUGGAUAUUUGGAUAUAUGUUCAUCAUGAAUCGGUAAGUUUCAGCUGGGACAGGUUGAGAUUUUGCGUUAGGAAGUGAAAUAGAAUAGAGUCGGUGGAUUUAUCUCCGAUGAUUAGUUACAUGGUCUUUGAGCUUCUUCGAUGAUCGGAACAUCAAUAUAUCAGUUCAAACAGAGAGGCCAAAUGAUCGAUCAAUAUCUUUAUAGGAGGAGGAACUGGAAGCAAACACUCUAUACUCUACAUAUUUAAUGGGUUUGUUUCAUGUAAAGAUAUGAUGAUUAAAAGAGGGGGAUGCUAAUUAAUUAAGGGGCUCCUUUGUAGAAAAAUAAAUAGUAUCGGGGAUGAGAGUUAUAUAUUUAUUUUGACAAUCAUAUUAUAUAAUACGUAUAUGAGUACAGCACCCAAAGGCUCGUAUAUGUAUUAUGUAUAGAAUCAAGACAUAUACCAAUACAUAACUUUUGCUGUCCUUUAUUUAAUUUUGAGUAUUUUUCCAAUAGCAGUUUUGGUA